AUGUGCCUUGGGGGAACCACGGGCGACAACACGCGCCUGCUUGAGCAGGCUCAAGAGGAGGAGGAGGAGGAGGAGGAGGAGGAGGAGGAGGAGGAGGAGGAGGAGGAGGAGGAGGAGGAGGAGGACAUGCAGGCGGAGGGCGUGAGGGAGGUGGCCGUGGCAACCGGCCUGGGGUUCCUUUACCAAGAGACCCCCAACUACCGCAGAGCGGCAACUGAGGCUGACCGCAUGAUCGAGCCUAGGGAGACGGCUAGGCAUGCCUGGCGAGUGCCAGGCCUGGGUGUUAGGGAGCCUGCUGUUAGUGCAGAUGAGGAGGCCUCAAGGGUUUCCGGCAAUGCUGUGACUAGUCAAGGGUGA